GGGAACCCGGAAGUGGCAGGGCCUCAGGUGAGGUCCACGGAGAUUCUAGACCCCGGCGCAGUGAGCUUCCCUGCCUUUGUAGCCCUAGACAGGGACCGAAUAGAAGGACAGGGACCGAAUAGAAGAGCCACCGUAAGCGUCCUGUUAGGAGCACCAGAGCUAAGGGAGGUGCUUACAAAGAGGGACGGAGUCACUCAAACAGAAGUCUUCUGGUUUUAGCUCGGGGUAGUGGCGCCCGGCUGUCAUUUUAGCACUUGGACUGCUGAGUUCAAGUCCAGCUUGAGCUAGUAGUCAACUAUCAGUACAGAGCCAAGCGUGAUAAGAAGACCCAGUCUUACUUUGAAAAUAAAUAAUUUCUUGAAUUCAGACUUCGGUUGAAGUAGCUCAGUGCCUGAAAAUCCACUCUACAGAUCCUGUCAAAGAGGUCCCGACUUCGUGUAGAACUGUGUGCAACAGCGCCUGCUCUAGUGAGACAUUGCAUUUUCCUCAUUUAGACCAAAAUCACGGAUGGAAAGGAACCCCCCUGAUGGUACCGGUCCGGUCCACGUGCCACUAGGGCAUAUUGUGGCUAAUGAAAAAUGGCGCGGGUCCCAACUGGCUCAGGAGAUGCAAGGAAAAGUUAGACUCAUUUUUGAGGAGGGCCUGGCAUCAGCAGAUUUUUACCUGUCUAGCAAAUCAUGCAUUCUCUAUGUCACUGAAGCAGAUUUGGUGGCCGGACAUGGCUACAGAAAGAGACUUGCUCGCUUUAGAAAUUCCUCACAUCUUCAAGGGAUCAUAAUAGUUGAGAAGACCCAGAUGAGUGAACAGUACUUCCCAGCAGUCCAGAAGUUUACUGUACUAGACCUUGGGAUGGUGCUGCUUCCAGUGGCCAGCCAGUCGGAAGCAUCCUGCCUCAUUAUCCACUUGGUUCAAGAGCAAACCAGAGAGCCCAGCAAGAACCCUUUCCUCAGGAAAAAGCGCUCCAUGCUCUCCGAGCUCUCCCUUGUUCAAACUGUGCAGCAGAUCCCAGGGGUUGGGAAAGUUAAGGCCCCCCUUCUGCUCCAGAAGUUUCCGAGCAUCCAGCAACUGAGCAACGCUUCUGUCCAAGAACUGGAGGAGGUCGUGGGGCCCGCGGCAGCACAGCAAAUCCACACCUUCUUCACCCAGCCUAAGCGACAGCAGCCCUGCAGCUGACUCUGCCUUCAGACUUCAAACUACAGCGUCUGGUUUUCAUAUUUAAAAAGAAGGAAAAGUUCUCCUGUCAAUGGCAAUGGGCUAAAGACAAGGAGAGGACCGAUGAGGCUCACAGUCACCCUGCCUCGGUGUCUGUCUGGGCAGCCACCUGGUGGGGCUUGGGGGUCGCAGGCGGCACUGGCCACUUUCUGCUAAGAUGAAGAGGGUCCCCACAGGGAUCAUCCAGAGACUCAUUCUCAGCAGCAGCCAGCUGGAGCCGAUUUGUACAAGACUCUUUGCCCUGCUUCUGUCACUGAGAGGCCCUGUGAGGGUCCAGCGCUGAGUAGGGAGUGUCCCCGUUAACCAGUGUCAGGGCCACAGCUCAGGUCUUCUCCACACUCGUCAGGUACCUGUGCUAUGGAGUUUCUGCCGGAGUCAACAAACGCCUUUCCUCCCUCAUAACCCCUUCCUCCCUAAUCAACACAAGAAAACGAUGCUGUGCUUUGGAUGACGUGGAAGAAAUAAUUAGGAUGAAAUAAAAGCAAAAAAAAAAA